AUGUUAGGUGAUCUUGUCAGUGGACGAGAGAGAUCCUCUGUUGUUUGCAUCGAAGAUACUGUUGAACUGUCUGGUUUACAGUUAUUGUGCUCUUUUGUUAAAAGUUUAUUAAAGAGACUAGACAAGGUUCAUAUUUUGUGUUUUGAGCCUCCUUCACAACUCCUCAACCCAUGUGAAAGGCUGCUCAUACACGAUGGAUUUUCAGAUACAUUUGGAUGGCUGGGAACGCCAUCAUGUCUGAAUGUGAACUCUGACAUCGAGAAAUAUUUGUCAGACCAAAGUCAAAGGUCUGGUCAAGCCUCAGCCAAUCAGAGAUCAGCUGUUGUCAUAGAUACACUCACCCCACUGAUCACCCAACAUGGUGCUGUGAAAAGCUGUCAGAUUGUACAAAACCUUUGUAAAGCUAAACUUAAGGGAGGAAAUAUUGCCCAGGUUGUGUUCCUUCUGCAUGGCGAUCUCCAUAGUGACCACAGCCUCACUUUGAUUCAUCAUGUGACCUCCUCAGUUUUGAAGAUCUGCCCAUCCAAGUCACCAAACCAUGCAGCAAUAUGUAAUAUACUUCACAAGAAACCAUCUGGAAAAGUCAUUAAACUUUCUGAACACUUUGAUGUAAAUUCCUCCUUGGAUGUACAGAAUGUGGAGGAGUGGAAGCCUUCCAAUGCCAUGGCAACGGAUGUUUCUGAAAGUCAACUGGAUCCCACAGCCAACCUGACCUUCAACCUUUCUCUGACAGAUGAGGAAAAACAGGCCCGCAGCAAAUUGGUGCUACCUUACACAAAGGCUAUGGACAGGCCUGUUAUUGGGACAGACAACACUUCUGGAGGAGGGGAAGGAGGAAAGAUCUUUUAUCAGCCUGAUGAGGCAGAUGAUUUUGAUGAGGAAGAUCCAGAUGAUGACCUUGACAUUUGACCUGUGUGAAUUUUGACCUGAUGUCUUGACGCUGACCUAGAAGAAUAAAUGAUGUGUUUUUUUUUCAUUCAAAGUCAAGACUUCAGCAUUGGUCAUGUGUCUUAAGAUGAAGAGUUUGAUGAGUGCAACUUCUGAAGCAGGAAAUCCCAGUCUAGCUGUAAACAAUUAAGCCUCAAAAGCCCUUGUACCCAGAGAAAUUUGUUUCGCCCAUAACUGAGGAGUCCCUGAUAAGAUGGAGUUCACUGAAUCAAAGGAACAUUUCACAAACAAUUCAACCUACUAGUAUACAUCAACAUAACAAUGUACAUCAACUAAAUGUAACAUUCUUCCAGAAAAGUUGAGGACCUUGUCAUUUUAUCAGGUAAGAUUUUACCUGUUCAUACAUUUUGCAUGAGACUAAUCAAUAAAAGUGCUUAUUUAAACAAUUUGCUUUACAAAUGUUCAUCUUUGUUUAGUGUUUGAAUCUUGUUUUUGUAUGCAAGUUUAUUAAAAUGUAAAGAUAUUGGAUGACCAAUUCAAACCAUACUCAGUCUUUUUGUAUAAAUGGCUUUAGAGUUUUAGACCUAUAAGUGAAAGGAAUGUUCCUCUAACUGAACACACGUUCGUGAAACUGACAAGAAACUGUAUGGAUGAACUGUAAAUGGUUAUGUGAAAUCAUGAGAGGAGCAAUGUUUAUAUCAUAUUAUCAGUCAAUAAAGCAAAUAUUUGGAUCCUGGAAGGGCCUCCAUGGCUCAGUUGGUUAGCGCGGUCAGUACAGGCACUGUGAGCUCAAGUCCAGCUCAUGCUGGUUUCCUCUCCCAAAGUACGUGGGAAGGUCUGCCAGCAGUCUGCAGAUGGUAGUGGGUUUCCACCCACCAUAAUGCUGGCUGCCAUUGCAUAAAUGUAAUAUUCUUGAGUAUGGCGUAAAAUACCAAUCAAAUAAAUAAGUAAAUAAAUUGGGUCCUUGAAAAUUUGUUAGAAAAGUGGGCCUCUAACAUUCCCUGGAAAAACAUGUUCAUAAGUGUGUGCUGCUUGAAUCAAGUUUAUAGAGGAUAUACACAUUGUUGCCUUUGGCACAUAAUUGUUGUUAUGAAAAGGAAUUUAUGGCAGUAGUACUUUUCCUAUUUGAUUAUCAUCCAAUGUUAUUGCCAAUGUUUUUUGUUUUUUUUUUUAACUGGAGUUGGAUAAAGGCUAGCAACAGCUGAAUAGAACAAGGGGAAUAAUUCUUAAUCCUUAGAUCGUGAUCGGACCUGAAGAGGAGUUAUCUCCCUUAGAGUUGUUACAUAUCACAGGGCUCCCAUUUGAAAAGAAUUGAAGCGAAUUUUUAAUCAAUAAUUGACGAAAUGGGUUUCCACCCCAGGUAAAGAAGCUAUAUCCUGAUAAAUACACAUGCAUGUAAUUAUUUUGUUUUUACUGACAAUAUUCCACAAAAAACAAUUUCCUCCAGUAUGCAUUAUUUGAACUUUUUUCAGGCAAGGCAUUGCCAUUAGCAAGGUAUGAAGUCUAGUUAUCAAAUGCAAACUAUUAUUUGUGUGUGCUAACGGACAUCUUUGAGACUAUUUUUAGUUACUUUUGUUACUAGAGAGUCAUUGUUUAAGUUAAAAGUGGUACGUAAUAAUUGUUCUCAAAUGAAGUCUGCAGUGGGAAAUUUAUGUCCUCUGAAUGGGACGACUAAAACCCCUUCAUCUCAACUAUCAAAAACAUGUAUUCACCAAUUUGAGUAAAUAAUUAAUGUUUAAAUGUACAUAAGAGGAGAAUAAUAUAGAAUAUUGCUAGGUGAUCUCAGAACUAUAUACAGCCCAGAGAUUGUCAUUAUCUUGAGGAGAAAAGUUCUUUCAUUCCUUGAGAACUUCAGAUGAUGUGUGACAAUUUUCUCAAGCUUUGGUUAUAACCUCUCCAUGUAUAAACAUGUUUUCUGAAGUCGUAAGUUUUUUAAAUAUGAAAAUUUCAUUAUUUGUAGGUGUGUCAAUUAAUGUGAAAAAAUGUCAGAUACAUGUGUUUGUACACCCUCAUUUAAAAAGAUUAUUUCUAUGCACUCACCAAUGCAUAGUUCAAAUCCAGCUCAUCUUGGCUUCCUUUCUGGCCGUACAUGGGAAGGUCUGUCAGCAACCUGCGGAUGGUCAUGGAUUUCCCCAGUUUCCUUCCACCGUAAUGAUGGCUGUCGUUGUAUAAGUGAAAUAUUCUUGAGUAUAGUGUAAACACCAAUCAAAUGAAUAAAUAAAUAUUAAUCUACACAUACAGUAAAUGACUUGAAGUUUUGUCCAUGAUGAAGUUGCACCUAUUGCCUGAGGUCUUGAUCUUAGCAAAGAGUUUUGAGGCUUGAAUGUU